GAACCCCCUAAGCCAGCACACAACUCAAUAUUCCUAGACUAUCCAGCAUAUUUCACUAGAUUUAUAGGUUUGCUAAUGUUGUCCGAGGGAGACGACGAGCUGCGUCGGCACGUGAGAUCGUGAUUAUGCCAAUCUUGAAACUUACGUGCAUGUCCACACCAAACGAUGGACGGGAUCAACCUCAACGCUCUGAGCGAGAAUGCGACGCGGCUUGGCAUGAGGAUUCAAGAGACAAUAGCUGAGCACACCCGGGAUCUGUCGCUGACACGGGGCGGGAGCUCACUGUUUGACAUGGCGGACGACAAGGCGAAGAAUAUAACAAAGCAGCUCGAGUCAAGCAGCGACCGUGAAAAGCUGGACGCCAUGAAACGAUUGAUCGCGCUCAUCUCAAAGAACCGGCCAGUCUCUUCUUAUUUCCCUGCUGUAGUCAAGAAUGUAGCCAGCCCGAACCUGGAGCUACGAAAGCUGGUGUACAUCUACCUCCUUCGUUGUGCACCAUCUGAACCUGAUCUGGCAUUGCUGUCGAUCAAUACCUUCCAGCGGGACCUCGCUGAUCCGAGCCCUCUCAUACGCGCCAUGGCUCUUCGAGUGCUGAGCGGCAUUCGAGUUCCUACCGUUGCUACCAUAGUACUUAUGGCUGUCCGCAAGUCUGCUGCAGACCCAAGCCCAUACGUUCGUAAGGCUGCUGCAUUGGCCGUUAUGAAGGUAUACAAAUUAGACCAGGCGCACCACACAGCUCUGCUCGAUAUUAUGACGACUCUUCUACGCGAUCGUUCGCCGCUUUCACUUGGGACUGCUGUUCUUGCUCUCGACACCAUUGCGCCAUCUCGCCUCGACCUCCUCCACGUACAUUUCCGCCGUCUCUGCCGCGCCUUGCCGGACAUUGAUGCAUGGGGGCAGGUCGAUGUUCUCCGCGUGCUCGUGCGAUAUGCCAGGACUAUGUUGCCGAAGCCCGUUCCCGCCAGUGAGAAGCAAGGGGAAGAGGUGGAUAAAGAUCUGAAGCUCCUGCUAGCCUGCGCAGAGCCACUCUUUAUGAACAAUAACCCUGCCGUUGUUCUUGCUGUUGCACGGGCAUUCUACUACCUUGCUCCUCCAUCUAUGCUAUCAAAAAUUGCCGCCCCUCUCCUUCGCCUCCUCAGCGUGUCGCGCGAGGUUGAGCGCGUGGCACUGGUAUACUUGCUCGUCGUGGCCCGUUCGCAUCCAGUUCUAUUCAUUACAUCUCACAACCGCCUUCUCGUGCGUGGGGAUGAUGCAGAACAGGUCAAGCGGACAAAGAUUUGCGUUCUCCUGGCAUUAUGCACAGUCGACAAUCACCAAACAUUACUGCGAGAAUUCGUGGACUAUGCCCAGGACACAGAUGACUCUGUUGUGGGCGAUGCGGUUCAUGCCAUUGGACGCAUCGCCAGCCUCGUUCCCUCGUCUACGCCUCAAUGCCUCACUGCCCUCAUGGGAAUGAUCAACAGUAAGCAAGAUAUAAUCGUCUCAAAUGCAGUCCUCGUUCUCAAGUCCCUCGUCCAAAAUCAACUUCUUACACCUUCCUCGGCCUCAACCAUGACUCUUGCAACUUCCUUGUCGUCGCAGCAUGCUCUCCUCACGUCAUCUAUUCUCUCGCUGACACCAUCAAUCUCCACUUCAUUAUCAGCUGCACCCCUGUCCUCCACAAGCCCGGAGUCGACCCCUGCGGCCCAAGCCCCACUCUCCAUCAUUGCCCAGCUGGCACGGCGCAUUGACGAUAUCCGCCACCCUCAUGCGCGAGCUUGCGUGCUGUGGCUUGUCGGUCAAUACGGCUCAGUCCCAGGCACCGGAACAACAGUGGAAGGUGUAGCAGACUGGGCACCAGACGUACUGCGCAAGGCAGCGAAGAGCUUCAACACUGAGGUGUGUUUCAACCCACCUCGUAAUUCCCCAGCUUACGUUAAAUCCUACCAGGCUUCCCUAGUCAAACUUCAGACCCUCACUCUUGCCGCGAAACUGAUACUCCUCGCGCCCACGCACCGCACGCUUGUCCUCCUGGCACGGCAUGUGCUCACACUGGCUCGGUAUGAUGAAGAUUGGGAUGUGCGUGACCGUGCGAGGAUGCUGGGAGCACUUCUUGUUGGUGCAGUUGCGGGCGUGUUGAGCAGUAAUGAUGAGGAAGGCAUUGGGGAAAAUUGGAAUAAGGAAGAGCAGGCUGGAAGGCUGGGUGUGGUGUUGAGAAGGGAACAGGUGACACGAGUGUUGUUCGAGGGGAAGACUGGGACGAUUGAAGAGGAGCAGGCGGCUGGUAAGUGUUUUUGUCUUCUGAUUUUUGACACCGCAAGAUUCGUUUGUGAUUAUGAGUUAUGACACAUACUCAUUUUUCUUUACUUUCCCUUCAUGUUCCACUGACACCAGUCCUCUACAGAGUCUCGUCCACUCGGAACGCUUUCCCUCGUGAUAGAGAGUGAAAGUCUGCAUCUUCAUGAUGACAAUGACGACGAGACCGUGAUAGAUCUCCCCGAGUGGCUGGAACAGGGCAUUGACCCUGCAUUGCGCGAUAGCGAUGACGAUGCACCCCAAGUUGCUUCGUCAUCAACGGUUCAAGCGAUUUCUUCUCAGGGAAUCUCGUCUCAACGUGUGCCAACACCUGCGGGUGCAACACCAGUUGUGCUCACGCCCACAGGGGGAUCAACGCCAAAGGAUACGAAGGACUGGAGGGAUUUGAACAAGUUCUAUGCAAGUGAGAGCGAGUCUGAGGAGGAGGAGGAGGAGGAGGAGG